GCACUCAAACGCAACUAUGCCUCCUUCAUCCUCAAUCAUACAUCUCAACGCAAAGGCAACAGGCUACUCCACACUGUAAUAUUAUAUGCAGAACUCGCCUAGGAUUGAUCGUUGGGCCGAUCGGCACAUCACAGGUUUCUUGUUGAGCUGUCCCAGCUGUCCCUCAUCCUGAGAUUUACUCUAGAGAAUUUUUCCUAAAAUGCAUCAUGUGUAUUUUCAAACUCAAUCGGAAUCCAUUGAGUGGACAAUAUCAUGCCCCCGUCCACUGGAUUUCCUUUGACCCGCAACAAAUCUGUUUCUAGGGACUCUCCGGAGGGUGGGGGUGGGUGAAGAUUCUUUUUCCACCCCCCGAAACACGAAUAACAUGGGACGGGAUCAGGUCCUUCAGCGCUUGACUCUUCUGUCGCGAUCCCUCACCUAUCCUAUUGCUUGACUCGUGGCCAUCCAAGCAGUGCUCCUGCCGUCCUCUCCUCCGUCCUAAUUGUCUUUGCAUCCUUCUGCUUACGACGGAUAACGAUCCAAAUGCAACGUUCUGAACUCAAACCCUGCUCCUGCGAAUAUAAAUACAGUGGAAUGUCCUCUCCUGCUUCUCCAGUUCGACCCUUGGCUAGUGGACUCGCUAUUCUACGGUUCAUACAGCCUCCUCUUUAUUAUUGUCUUUAUUGCGCACUCUCUGCGCACUCUGCGACCCACUCUUUCCAAUUAUCCUACGCAUACGACCCUUCUUCAUCCGUCUAUUCUCCCUCUUCAUAGCACCUUCCACCAGAGAUCAUCGCUCAGCACCAUUUGUCACCAUGACAUCUCGUCAGACUCGGUUUGCGGAAGACCCUCUGGAGCAAACGUCAGAAUAUUCAAGGCCUUUCAUCUUCGUCGCCGAGCCAGAAGAAAAUAUUCCUAUUGUGCCAUUAGUUAAUUCCCCUCAAUUGCACCUCCAUUCCUGCCUUCAGGCAGAGAGCUACACUCCCCACUCUCAACCAUGCGAGUGGAACCUCGCCACUCACGUUUAUCCCGUCACCUGGUCGAGAGAAUUCUCCCAGUAUCUCCAAGUCCCUGCGGCUGAGAUUGAUGGUGUCGUCUACUCAUCACCCGCAACGACUCCCGUGGUCGACAAACUUCGACUCAAAUUCGUGUCCUUCACAAUAUCAAUCGAGCCAUCUGAUGCACAGGGCGGGUGGAAACAGCAUCUCACUGUUGGAGACGUUUUCCGCACCAUCUAUACUCAGCUUCAGCGGGACCUUACCCCCGCUGAACAGACGUACUUCAAGCAAGAGCACGGCGGGUCGACCCAGAAGCUGGUUGACCUGCUUCGCGGGAGGACUCUCUUUAGGGGCCUCAGUGUCAUAGACUCGGACGAUCGCCUCAUCUCUCUUCACACAGCUGAUGUCUGAUCACCCCCUUCCAUCUAUCUGUUCAACCGGCUGUUCCUCGGAUCGUUCCUUCGACGUCGCCUCUAUUCACUUCACACGCAUCCUUUGCACUAUAAGCUUCGUCGCCAUCUCUAUGCUCUGGCCGUCGAUGCGAUCUAACAUCACCAGCACUCUAUUCCUCUAAUGCUUCAUACCCUUAUGUCUCGUCCCUCGUCUGCGUUCUCAUCAUCUAUGCCCCUCCAUUCUUGGUCUCUGCCAUUUUCCCUUAGAGCUCAUUUCUACCACCGUCGCUAGUCUCACUCAUCGCGUUGUAUCCCCACUCUUCCUCCCUGGCUGUCAGUCUUUGAUCUUGUUGCUGUAUGAAUAUCUCGCUCACCGUUGCUUUGAUCCUUCGUGUACCCCCUCUCCCUCCCCUCAAAGUUUCGGAGCUCAUGCUUCAUAUCGUCUGGUCAUCUGUAUCUGUACUACUUAGAUGCGCCUCGCUUUCCGAGCUUCUGGGCUAGAGAUACAAAUCGACUACUAAUAGUGUUCGCCUAUAGCUACUUGGUCCUAGUUUAUAUUCCUGUAUAUACCUACCCGCUGGCUCAUUCCAGUCUCAAUAUACCAUCUC